AUGUCUCAAAAUAAGCUUCUCCUUGCUGCCGCCUUUGCCUUUCUUGCUAUCCACUUCCAUGUUUCCUCUAGCUCCUACUACUAUGAGUAUGAAUACUAUGAUGUUAAACGCAUACCUUACAAGUGUACACAAUCUUCUUCAUGUGGCAAUAUCCUCAACAUCUCAUACCCAUUUCGACUCAAAGGAGAUCCACCAAACUGUGGUGAUCCCAACUACCAACUCUCUUGCGAAAACAAUCAAACUAUAUUCAGCUACGAUUCUGCAAGAUUCUUGGUGAAGGCAAUCAACUACAACAAAAGUACAAUCCGGAUUGCUGAUGUUGGCGUUCAGGAUGGUAAUUGCUCCUCCAGACCUAUCAAUUCUUUCGAUUCCUAUUACGCAUAUGCACGACAUGGUGAAUAUUGCUCGUCUCAGCUAUAUGAUUAUCCCCUACUCUACCCUCUAGCUUAUGUAAGCUGUGAAAGUCCAGUGAAAUCUAGCACUUAUGUGGAUGCUUAUUCUCCCUGUAUAAUCCAUACAAAUUCAACCAAUAACAGAAGACCAUAUCAUUAUGUUCUGGUUGGUAAUGAUCAUACGUUUAUGGAGUUGAAGGUCUCGUGUGCCAUUGAUUUCGUCACAUACACAACUUUAGAUGGAAACUACCACUUUUCUUACUUGGACAUCCAUAAGAAGCUUGUUUAUGGUAUUCAACUUUCUUGGCAUGAAAUUCAAUGUGUUGGUUGUAGAGAUGGCGGUUUUUGUCGUCUAGAGAACAACACCAUUAUCCAAAGCUGUGAAAGCAAUGAAUGCAACUGUGGGUUCCGAUGUGAGUAAAUUUUCUGCUGAUUGAUCGAUCGAGGACAUUACAAAUUGUAUAAUCAACUUCUCAGUUGUAUAUACUUACACAAAUAUAAAUAUGACUUUUACAGGCAACUUCAAAAAAUUUGUCAACUGGUGGGUUCCGAAUGGUAAGAAUCGUACUAAUUCCAUUACAGUAAAUUUUUUUACCAGAAUAUCUGCUUAAUUUAUUUAUUUUGGGUGUGUUUAAUUCCUUUUCAUCUUGCUGACAGCCAUACACUCGGCCCGCCUGACAAUAAAGCACAAGGUGAUCGGUAAGUUCUCAUUCUUUAAGUUAUUUUAGCAUGUACAAUUAGAACUUAAGAAACCAUU